GGCCCAGCUCUGAGAGAAGCGGGCCCCUUUGGCCCGCGCCCUCCCGCAAGAGGGGCUUCGGCUUUGGGACGGGAGGGCAGGGCCACGUGGGGAGAGCGAAGGAGCCACCCUCCGGGAGCCCGUCCCCUGCCCACUCCGCCGCCGCCCCCAGCCUCCGCCCUCGGGAAGCCCGAGUCCGCGGCGCGGGGAGGCCGGCCGCAACUUCCCCGGUCCACCUUAAGAGGACGAUGUAGCCCGCUCGCCGCGCAGACCUUAGAAAAACAAGUUUGCGCAAAGUGGCGCGGGGGCCCGGUCAGCGGGCAGCUCCGGCCGCGCUCCCACAGCCUAUCAGCCCUCGCCGGCAGCGCAGCCGCGGCCCAUGGAGCCCGCCCGCCCGGCCCCCGGCCGCCUCGGGCCGCUGGUCUGCCUGCUGCUCGCCGCGUCCUGCUCCUGGACGGGAGCGGCAGGUGAGGAGGAGCUGCAGGUGAUUCAGCCUGACAGGUCAGUGUCGGUUGCAGCUGGACAGACGGCCACUUUGAACUGCACCCUGACCUCUGUGCUCCCAGUGGGGCCCAUCAAGUGGUUCAGGGGGGCUGGACCAGGCCGCCAGUUAAUCUACAGUUUCAAGGGCGGAGAAGGCCCCUUCCCCCGAGUAACAAAAGCUUCAGAUGCUACAAAGAGAAACAACACGGACUUCUCCAUCCGCAUCAGUAACAUCACCCCUGAGGACACUGGCGUCUACUACUGUGUGAAGUUCCAGAAAGGGACCCCUGAUGUGGAGAUUAAGUCAGGCCCAGGCACUCGGGUCACCGUGAGCGCCAAACCCUCUCCCCCCGUGGUCUCGGGCCCCACGGAGAGGGCCACGCCUGAGCAGACAGUGAGCUUCACCUGCCAGUCCCACGGCUUCUCCCCCAGAAACAUCACCCUGAAAUGGUUCAAAAAUGGGAACGAGCUGUCGGCCUCCCAGACCAACGUGGACCCCGAGGGAGACAGCGCCUCCUACCGCAUCUCCAGCACAGCCGAGGUGGUGCUGGCCCCGGGGGAUGUUCGCUCCCAGGUCAUCUGUGAGGUGGCCCACGUCACCCUGCAGGGGGGCCCCCCUCUUCGUGGGACCGCCAACUUGUCAGAGACCCUCCGAGUUCCGCCCCGUUUGGAGGUUUCCCAAAGCCCCGUGGCAGGGAACCAGGUGAACGUCACCUGCCAAGUGAAGAACUUCUACCCCCGGCGCCUGCAGCUGAGCUGGUUGGAGAACGGAAACGUGUCCCGAACAGAAACGGCCUCGAACCCCACAGAGAACAAGGAUGGGACCUUCAACUGGACAAGCUGGCUGCUGGUGAACGUCACUGCCCACAGGGAGGACGUGGUGCUCACCUGCCAGGUGGAGCAUGACGGGCAGCCGGCGGUCCCCAGAACCCACACCGUGCACGUCUCUGCCCACAAGCAGGACAAGGAUACAGGCCAGAUCCCUGAAAAGUCUAACGGCUGGAAUAUCUUUAUUGUGGUGGGCGUGGUUUGUGCCUUGCUGGUGGCCCUGCUGAUCGCAGCCCUCUACCUCCUCCGAAUCCGACAGAAGAAAGCCAAGGGCUCCACUUCUUCUACAAGGUUGCAUGAGCCCGAGAAGAAUGCCAGAGAAAUAACCCAGAUCCAGGACAACAACGACAUCACAUAUGCAGACCUGAACCUGCCGAAGGGAAAGAAAUCCACCCCGCAGGCGGCCGAGCCCAACAACCACACAGAGUACGCCAGCAUUCAGGCCGGCCCGCCGCCCGUGUCUGAGGACACCCUCACCUAUGCCGACCUGGACAUGGUCCACCUCAACCAGGCCCCCAAGCAGUCAGCCCCUAAGCCUGAGCCAUCCUACUCAGAGUAUGCCAGUGUCCAGGUCCAGAGGAAGUGAAUGGGACUGUGGUCAUUUCUAGGGUCUGUCCCCAUGAGCCUUACUGUCCCAGCUGUGGGCAGGGGGCAGCUGUGAUGAGGACAGCCAGCCCAGUUCCCAGAAGGCCAGGGCGGUGCAGGCCUGGAACCCAAGGAUGAGCUGGCUCUUGUCUCCCUUACCCACUUGGCUCUCGAGCAUUUCCAGGGCAGCCACAGCACCUCCGCGUUGCCAUACAUGGAGGCUGAUGUUGCCAGAGCAGCCAGAGAACCAAGCUGGGAACUGCCUGGAGUCCCCAGGACCGCAGGAACCCUCAUGCCUCCAUCAGCCAUGGGCCUUGGUCAUGCUCCUGGAGACCCUGACUGCCUCCCUGAUGCUCUGCAGCCUGAUCUUCCAGGGUGAGGAGGGAGAAAACCCCACCUCCUCCCACCACCACCACCACCAUUACCACUACCACCACCAAGCUGGGGCUUUGGGAAAAGUUUACCCAUUGAAUCGAACUGCUCCGUCCAUGGAGAAGCUGGAAGAAAACCUCUGGGACCCAAAUCCCAAGACUCGUUGAGAUUGCUGCUGACAGUCCUGGCCUCCCCAUCUCUGGACUGAUGAGCAGCAAGCCCUAGGAGAGGAGAGGACCCUCCAAGGAAUCCCACCACCACCACUACCAAGAACCAAGUAACAAAACUCUCCUCUUCCUGGUGGCCCUCUGGGACCCCUUGAGGGCCCGUCAUCCCGACCGUGACACUCCACAUGGCCCCACGUCUCUGUUCCAGACCUGAGCUUGCUUCCUCCAGCUAGCACUAACUCAGCAACAUCUCGCUGUGGACGCCUGUAAAUUAUUGAGAAAUGUGAAACGUGCAAUCUUGAAACUGAGGUGUUAGAAAAUUUGAUCUGUGGUGUUUUGUUUUAUUUUUUUCUUAAAACAGCAACGUUAUCUUGGCUCUCUGUCAUGUGUUGAAAUACAUGGUUGGGUCUUGUGCAGUCUGAGGUUUGAUGGUGGGUUGUCCUGGAGGUGUUUUCUUAUAGCAGAAACUGAGUUCCUCCAUGUCCCAGAGCCCUGAGGAUGGGGAAGAAGGUUCCAGCUGGGCUCCUCCAUGGAUGCUCAGCCUUCUUUCCAGGACUAAAUUGGUCACGUUCUCAGCUGAGCCACACGGCUGGUACUACUGCCUUCCAUGCCCGCAAUGUGGUAAGUCGAGCCUGCCCAGGGCUGUUCUGGGCUGCCUCCUUCACCGUGCAGGCUUGCUGAGACCUAAGCCUCACUCUUCUUAUCCAGAAAGAGGGCAGAGGAAAGAUGCUAUCGCUCCCCACCACCUGCACUAGUGUGGACCGGACAGCCUUGCAGGGUAGGAAAGCUGUGCCUGAGUGUUGCCCCCACCACGUUAGCAGCCUUCUCCCAUUCCAGCUCUCCGAGCCAGUCCCUGAAGGAGAAAUCUUCCAUCUCUGCUCUCAAAUCCCAUUGGGAUCAAACUGGAAUAAACCCAAGACAGCCAAGAGGACAGGGCACCUGUGAAGCCAGGACUGACCCACCUUCUGUCCCUCUGUCUCAGGAGGUUGGGUAGAGGCUGUGACCCAUGACCCUCUGAACCCCCAUCCUUCCAAUUCAGGGUGGAGGCCUGUCCAGGCCCAGACAAGCAAAUACUGCAAGCCCUGUUUAUUCAGUCUUCACGUAUAACUGAGCAACUUUUGUGGCUGAGACACCAAUCCUCAUGGCCCCCUGGGUCCAGCCAUUCGAUGCCCAAGGGAUUCCUGGCUCAGGCCAGCAGAGCGAGAAGCAGAGCCAUCCUGCCAUGAGCAGGUGCUAUGGGUGUAAUUCCAGAAGCUCAGCACAGACCCAGCUCCCUGGGGGGACAGUGCUUUGGUGUGUUACAUGAUGGCAUUUGGGAAUUAGCUGAGCCAACAGGCCAUGUGGGCUGCUUUGGCCCAAAAAGCCAGAGUUUCUCUGUGGCAUCUGGGAGCACAGUGGCCCGGCCACCUGGCUCGGGCUAUUUCCAAAUUCCAAAAGGUUGGCUUGUGAACCUUAGUCACACUCUUCUGCCCAGAGAGAGCACAUGUACUUGACACACAUAUGCACAUACACACACUAUACACACACACACACACACACACACACACAGGCACACACAGGCACACAGAACUUCAAAAGAAUGUUUUCUUGGUGCCAUUUUAAUUUAAUUUUAUUUUGAAUUUUGGAAGGGGAGUAAAGGAAUGAGGCCAAGGAAGUCACGUAGCUUUAGCUCCAGCCUGGCAGCCUGGAGACUCCUACACCUUGUGUAUCGAACCCCAGGAAAAGGAAGAGGUCGAAACAACACUGCGGAAGGAGCGUGGUUUUGGGAGUUUAUUUUAAGACUGCUAGGAAGGAAACAGGCCCCAUUUUGUAUAUAGUUGCAACUUAAACUUUUUGGCUUGCAAAAUAUUUUUGUAAUAAAGAUUUCUGGGUAACAAUGA